UUUAAUUCAACAAUGCGAAUCGCUGUGCUUGCUACACUUGUUUUGUGUGUGAUUAUCGUUUUAUCAUUGGAAAGUAUUGACGGUAAAAAAACCCACGGCAAAAAUAAACACUCUGAUGUAGAACAUCAUUCAACUCGUAAUGGUAAAAAAAAUAAGGUUGAAAAGAACCAUGUAAAAACUAAAGAGAGAAAACGACGAUCAGCUGAAGACAUGGAUGUGGAUGAAAAAAUGAUUGUGGAAGAAACAGUCCAGAAACAUAAAAAAACUCAAAAAAAUAAACAACGAAAAGAAAAUGCUGGGAGUGACGAAAUAUUAAACGAAGUGAAGGAGAAAAAAAAACGAGUAGAGAGUAACAAAACAAAAGAAAAUCGCAAUCAACAAGAAGACGAAGAUGUAGACACUGUGACUGAUAAUGAAGUUGAUAAUCAGUCCAAUGAUUUAGAAACUUCAGAUAAAACCGAUGCAGAAAACAGUCAAUCUGUUGAAACUGGCGCUAAGGAAAGUAGUGAUAAAAUAAAGAAUGGAAAGCCAGACAAGAAGAAAAAAGAUAAGAUAAAGAAAAAAAUUAAGAAAGAUAAAAAAUUGAAGAAAUCUUCACUUUCUGAAGACGAGAACAUAAUUGAUGAGCAAGAUGAACAAGAAUGUGACUCACAUUGCCAUUUCAAUGCAGGGAAAAACAAAAAAUCUGAGAAGUGUAAAUCAAAAUAUUCGGACGGAAAAUCAACGAAAUCAAAAAUUUCGAAAUGUACAUCGUCAAAUUCUGAUGAUAUUUCUGUUGACGCAGAAAAUGAAACCGUUGGUAACGAAGAGGAAAAAAAUACAUAA